AUGGAACAUUUGGCCAGCGAUGAUCGACAACAGUUGCGAAGCAGACGUGAUGGAAAGGAUGAUUCGGAUGAAGUGAGCAGAAAAGUAAGAGAAUCAAUUAGCUUGAAUCGUGAUUUGGCAAAUGUGACAGGUUCUGGAGGAGAUAUGUCAUUAGAUGUAGCAUUAGUCGAACAAUUAUUAAGUUCACUUCAAAAUACAAAAGAAAGGAUGAAAGAGUUACAAAAUGAGUAUAAUGCGAUGCAAAGGGCAUCAAGAACAGCUCAUGAAGGAUUUAGUCUUGCGAGAGAAGAAUACGAUCGAGAAGUAUCUGCACAUCAAGAAGCUGAAAACAGGAUGAGAGAAUUGAAUUACCAUUUGGUUCCAUCGUCUGCUCCAUCUGACCCUUUAGAAACCCAAGAACCUACAGAACCUCAAGAACCUCAAGAACCCAAACCUACUACAAAACCUGCCAAGCAAACUCCUGCAGAAAUGGUUCUCAUCCUUGGUAAACUGAUUCAAGAAGAAACUUCUUUCAUGGUCAAAAUGCUACCCAAGGCACGAAUUCCAAUCAUUAAACUUUUGUUGCCUCCUUCGGCUGGCCAACCCUUUGGGUUAUCAUGUGAUAUCGGAUUUGAGAGCCAAUUGGCGCUUGAAAACACUCGUUUGUUACUCACCUAUUCUAUCGUUGAUCCUUGGAUGAGAACUAUUGUCUUGUUUUUGAAAGUUUGGACAAAACGGAGAAGGAUCAACAAUCCUUAUCUUGGUACACUAAGUUCGUAUGGCUAUGUACUAUUAGUAAUUUAUUACCUUGUCAAUGGUCGCAAGGAAGCAGUAUUACCAUACGAAAGACAAGAAGGAGUAUUGAUGGCACCACCUUCCAUCUUCCCAGCUUGGAAAUGGGGACUGGAUCCCAAGAGUCAGGUCUCGCUCCAACAUCAAGGACAGCAUCAAGCCACAAUGAGACAUGCUGCCGCGAUCUCAGUGCCGACGUAUCCACCGCUCACAGCUAGACUAAUGCAAGAUCAUGUAUAUCGACAAGCUACUACCUCGACUGACGUGAGACCACAGUACCCUCCUGAAUCGCUUGCUUCCGAACCGGCACCUCUUGAUUGA